AUGGACUGGCCUUCAUCUGUAUACACAUUUUUCGUCAUCUGCUGCAACGGGUGGGUAAUCGACGCGAUGGAAAUUCUUGUGGUGGCGUUUGUGCUGGAAGACAUUGCGACCACGUUCGAGCUGGGCAGCGUCGGAAAGGGGCUAAUCGGCAGUGCCAGUUUCUUUGGGAUGCUUGUCGGCGCGGGUUUCUGGUCCAUCUACGCGGACAAGCGCGGCCGCAGGACAGCCUUCGUGUCGUCUCUGGCCUGCGUCUUUGUCGGCGGGGUCUUCUCCGCUCUGUCACCGUCGCUGUAUAUCCUCUGCCUGUGCCGGGUGCUCGUUGGCUUCGGAGUAGGAGGUAACUUGCCGGUGACAACCGCGCUCGUCACCGAGUUUCUGCCAACCGACGAGAGGGCCAAAAUUCUCUGCCGAGUGGCUGGAAUUUUCUGGGGCGUCGGUAUGAUCUCCGCUUCCCUCCUUGGUCUAAUCCUCGCCAAUGUUCUCGGGCCCGGGCAGGAAGAGACUAUGUGGCGCUGGUUUCUGGGGGCGGCCGCGCUUCCAUCAGCAAUGGUGGCCGUGGCUUACCGGUUACUUCCUGAAUCUCCUCGCUUCCUGCAGGUCAUGGGGAGGCACGACGAGGCGAUGCAGGUGUUGGAGCGCGUGGCGAGAAUAAACGGCAAGCUUGACGUGCUCGGGUUGGACUUUUCAGGGCAGGCUACCGGUCUGAGGUCUGACGGCGGCGGCCGCGACGGCGAAGCAGCUGCCGCCGGGAUCGGACAAUCCGCGACGUACGGGCGAAAGGCUGACAACAUUGAGGCGGGAGAAGUGCGCGAGCUGUUCCACACUCCUAUUCUGCGAAGGAUCACCUUGUCCCUAUGGGUGGUCUGGCUCACCCUGAACAUCAGCUACUACGGUGUGACCUUCUUGCUGCCGAGGUACUACGAUGAGAUAUCGGGCGGGGAAGCGGACUUCGUAUACAUUCUCAGCGCCCUCGUUGGGGCAACGUUUAUCCCGGGCGCGUUCGCGGCCAUGAGGCUGUGCUCUGAGCGUUGCCUCGGUCGCGUGGGUGCUCUCAAGUGGUCGUCCUUUGCCACGGCGACCGCCGUCCUUUUGCUGGCCACGACCGUGCAAGUGGAGGCUCUCUUCGCGGUGGCGUCUCUCUUGACCCUGUUCGUUGUCACUAUCCCUGGGAUUGUCAUAUAUGUCUUGACGCCAGAACUGUACGCGACAAAGUACCGAGCAGUGGGCUUGGGAGCCGCGAGCUGUGUGACGCGCCUGGGAGGUUUGAUUGCACCCAUGCUGGCGGAGUUGUUGUACGAUCGGGGUGGCCCAGUGGCUCCUUUGUUGGUGUUCGGGCCGAUCAUGAUUAUCACCGGCAUCGCGGCGGGCAUGAUUCCCGUCGAAACGGCCGGACGAGAACUAGACGACGACAGCUGGGACCGCAAAGAACCGGCCAAAACAACACGGGCAUUUGCUCGCCCCCAUGCGGAGCCAUACUCCGACGCUCCUGUGGUUCCGUGAAAGAGGACCGCGAAGGCUGUGGUGUAUUUUUGUUGGGGUUCUGACGCUGCCGGGUGCUAGUCCGGUAAACUUUCUUAUGUUUGUUAAUUGGUGGUGUACACCCGCCGUACGUCGUUUGGGAGCGAGAUGGAACGAUAGCCGGGGCACGUCAGAAAAGGACGCGCGAAUCUGGUGGUGGCGAGCAGCAUGUUUGUUCCACGGCCUGGCCGGUUCCCUUUCUUCGUAGGGUUGGGUUGCUUUUUUCCGCUGGGGUGUUAUACGAGUAUUUUCGUCUUGUACUUCGUAUGACAUACGUAGAGGGGAUGGGACCAAAUGGCGAAACACGUUGCGCUGCAUCGCAACAGUGUUGUGGUCAUUUAUGUGGGGUCAGGUUCAGUGCAUCUUGUUUCCCUUCCUGUGUGUGGCAUGGCCUUGUCGAAGGGUCAUAUCGUCCUUACAUUCAUCGAGGACGAUUCCCUCGGUUCACGUUGGCGUCGUCGUGAGAUGUAUGUCUGAUUUUAGUGGCAAAGACCCAGGUUCGAUUCCGACUCUCACCUUCAAGAGGUGGGGGCGUACUCUUCAAGAGGUGGGGGAAAAAUAUAAAGCAGAUUGUCUGGUGACUGAUGUGGCGGAUGUACGUGUAGUGCAGUUGACACAGACGCUCGGAAGGUUUUGAAGCAAUGAAUCGACUCGCCGCGACGUAGUAGGGUAGAUGGCCAUAAUUCAUACGAAGUAGAUGAUAUUCUUCACAAAGGGCCAUAUCUAUGUCCUCCCCAAAACGUCGGUCGAGGGUGAUGUCCUCUCUUCACACUGAAGUGAGUAAAUAAAUGUGUGACUUGCGGAGUGCAGUCCGGCUAGAGCAUUGAAAGCGAUGAGAUUGGAUUCUCCCCGUCCGCGGGGGGUUGAGUUGGGGUUAGAUUAAUGUAUCUGGUCGGCGGCAACCGAACGACGGGCCUUGGACUGAUGAUGAUGAUGAUGCUGAAACGACCACGCUAUCCCUUGUGCACGUGGACCUGGUCGUACGGUCUGUUAGUGACUUUCUAUCUAAGGCCUUUACGCCCUCUGAUUGGUCGAGCGGUCUUUCGCUCUCCAGCGUCCUCUCUCUGUUCCGCAGAUAUAUUCCGAGAACGCGGUGCAGCCGCUUUCUCACCAGACUGGUCUGCUUUCUCGCCAGUCCACGUGCUCGCCCAGUUUCGGCCACCAGGCCCUCCGUUGGCCGUGAGUGAGGCUUUGGGGGUGGGUUAGGUUGCGUCGGUCACGGGUGUGCGUCAUAUCCCCGUCUGCAGUGCUAUGGUUCAUCAUCGGUCAGAGCUAAGGAGUCAUCAACAGAGCGCAAGCACGUAAACACAUUAUCAUAAGACUAAAAUCUUUCUGACUUCGGAUGCCGUCAGAGAGGCGGCGGCGGCCCGAGCGCAAGGGGUAACUCAGGGGGAACAAGUGGGCAAAUAAGCUUGUCGAGGAUCAACCGCGGGUGGAAACGCGUGCCUUGGCGCGGUCCACGAAGCACAAUUCUGAAGCUUUGGCUUAGCAUCUCAAACCAAUGUCCAUGUUUCAUUCGACUCGGGACAGGUAGGGGGUGAU